CCCUCAGCAAAUCGACCUCAGCAAAUUUUGCCGAAUCCUUUUCACCUUGCCUUGCCGCCGCCGCCCCUCUCCCCCCAGCUGCUCCACCUCCCCGCCGCGUUAGCCCCGCACUCUCCUGCCGCCACGCUUUUCCGCCCGUGCUCCUCUCCCCCGCCUGGAGCUCUCACCCCCGCGCUCGCGUUCCGGCUCAAUCCGACGCACUCAUCCAGUCCAGUCCUACGGAGCACAGCUUCAAUUGUUCCAGAUGAGUGAGGGUUUGAUGCGCCGCCGCCGCCGCCUCUCGUCGCCGGCGCCCUUGCCGGACGAUGACGACCUCCUCCGGGAGAUCUUCCUCCGCCUCCCACCGCGGCCGUCCUCCCUCCCCCGCGCCUCCCUCGUCUGCAAGCGCUGGGGCCGCCUCGUCUCCGAUCCCCAAUUCCUCCGCCGCUUUCGCGCAUUCCACGGCCUCCGGCCACACCCCCCGCUUCUCGGCUUCUUCUCCGGCGGCCUCGAAGGCGUCGCCGACUUCACCCCGACGCUGGACCCGCCCGACCGCGUGGACCCCUCGCGCCUCUCCUUGCAGGCGCCGCGCCGCGGCGAGCUCUAUAACUUCCUCGGCUGCCGCCACGGCCUCGCUCUCAUCCUCAACCUGACGCGCCUCGAGAUCAUCUUGUGGGAUCCUGUAGCCCGAGACCAUCGCCGCGUGGCCGUUCCGCCAUCGUGGUUCAACAACGAAGACCCACGCUCGACCAUCCGCAAUGCCGCGCUGGUUUGCGACGGCCACCACACCGGCCGAUUGCCACUAGAAGCCUUCAAGGUGAUCUUGUUACGCAGUGAUGAUGUGCCGCGUGAUGCUGAUCCGAAGGUGUUCGGCUCCCUCUAUGAAUCCAGCACUGGUGUGUGGAACGACCUCAUCUCCACAUCGAUCUCGGCGCCGCUUUCAAUGCUAAGUCCUAGCGUCCUGGUUGGGAAUUCACUUUGCUGGUUUCUUAAUGGGUGUGGGAAGCGUGGCAUUCUUGUGUUUGAUUUGGCUAAGCGCAAUCUAGCUCAGAUUGAUACCCCGGUGGACGCACACAUUGCAACAGAUUCACGCUUUCAGAUAUUGCGGAUGGAGAGUGGCGAACUUGGCUUCGCCAUUUUGUCAGGCGCGAGCAUGCAACUAUGGGAGAGGAAUGCCAGUUCCAACGGUGGUGUCAGAUGGAUGCUUCAGAAAACCAUAGAACUGGACAAGCUCCUUUCAUUGAGGUCACCGAUUCAUGGACCGUGGACAGUAAUACAUGGAUAUGAUGAGGAUAGUCAUGUGAUUUUUGUAUCAGUAGAUCUUGAAGUCUUCAUGAUCCCACUCAAGUCACUGCAGUUCAAGCAUCUUUUUAGGACCGAUUUCAUGACCACCUAUCAUCCCUACACAGGUUUCUAUACUACAGGCAGGGAUACUGGCAGUGGAAAUGUUGGAUUUGACACUUUGAAUAGCACUUUAGACUUUCCUCGGAUCUGAUAACUUCAGUUGACUGAGCAGAUCAAUUCACCGAGAUCGGAGUUGCCCAGCCCAAGAUUAAGAAAUCGCCAGGAUUCAGUUUCAUUGUUUCUUUAUGCUCUUAGACUUUAAUUUACCGUUGUCUUUCGUGUGGGAAUAUGGCAUUCUAGCCUUCGUUUACUGUGGAGUGGACCUAUUUAUCUGUCAUCAACAUUAGAUUGUCAACUAAGGUUGUUUGCUUCAAUUAACCUGCCUACCAAUUAUCACAGAGUUUCUGUGGUCGAUAUU